GAUAUGAUUUUACAAAUGGCAUCCUUUUAUUGGCCAGUGUAAAUAUGUAAGAGAUCAUUAUUUUCCAAGAAACAAGAAAAAGAUCUUGGUUUAAUAACAACAAUUCAUUUUUUCUGCACCCUAAAAAAUUUUGAUAAUGGCUAGCUGCAGUAUGGCCUCAGCUGCUUGUGCAUUUGUAGUUGCACCAAGUGUUACUAGUGCAAAUACUUCUACUAAGAUGAUGUUUAAUCCCCCUUGUGGUUCUAGAAGAUUCGGGUCCGGUAGGAUGGUUGUCAGGGCCUCUGAGGAGCCUGCUGCCGCCGCGCCUGCACCGCCUGCAGAUACCAAGGAGGAGGCUCCUGCUCCGGUUGCCAAGCCCAAGCCUCCCCCUAUUGGACCCAAGAGAGGAACCACAGUGAAGAUUCUGAGGAAGGAAUCUUACUGGUACAAAGGCACUGGCUCAGUUGUAGCUGUUGAUCAAGACCCGAAAACGCGAUAUCCAGUUGUGGUGAGGUUCAAGAAAGUGAACUAUGCAGGUGUAUCAACAAACAACUAUGCAUUGGAUGAGAUUGAAGAAGUCUGCUGAGUGGUGCUAAUGGCGCUUAUGCUUUUGUUGUAAUCGAUAUUUAUAUUUCUCUCAAGCUUUAAUAAGAUUGUGUAUUAUACUUGUACUUGCAUUCCUAAUCUUAAAGAGAUUUUAGUUGUA